GACAAAGAAAAAAAACUUUUCCGUGCCACGGUUGGUGGUGUAUUAUAGCAUUUGUGGACUUCCAAGAAGCGCUUGCAAUUCUGCCUACGAGAAGAACAGGGAAAAAUCCCAGCCCCCGCGGGAGGGUGUUAUUGGGUCCAGAAGACCCGAGCCGGUGGUCCAACCUGGUCUCACCUCACUCGCGCCUCGAAACCGCUCCCAUCCCGGCAUCCCCUUGCCCGCGCGCCGGCUCGUUGCCUCAUCUCAAUCGACAGAUCCCAAGUCCGGUCACACAGAGAGAGGGAAGGGCGACCAAUGGGGUUUCCCCUGUUGUCUCCAAGCUACUGCUGCGGCUCCCAACCUUCGCCUCCAAUCUUUCAUGGCCUCCUCCGUUUCAAGCCCGUUACCAGCCUCCGUAAGCCCAGUUCGCAGAAAAGACAGUUAUGCCAAUCUGGAAGAGCUUCCAAAAUUUUGGCCUACUAUGGCCUUACAACCCCUCCAUAUGAACUAGAUGCUUUGGAACCGUACAUGAGCCAGAGGACUCUGGAAUUACACUGGGGAAAACAUCAUAGAGACUAUGUGGAUAGCUUGAAUAAACAGCUUGCAAAAAACCCGUUAUAUGGCCACACUAUGGAGGAGCUGAUUAAAGUGACAUACAACAAUGGCAACCCAUUACCAGAAUUCAAUAAUGCUGCUCAGGUCUGGAACCAUGACUUCUUCUGGGAGUCAAUGCAACCAGGUGGUGGAAAAUUGCCUCAGGGUGGUCUGCUUCAGCAAAUUGAAAAGGAUUUUGACUCAUUCUCUAAUUUUAGAGAUAAGUUUGUAGAGUCAGCCAUGACACUAUUUGGAUCUGGCUGGGUGUGGCUUGUCUUGCGAACGGAAGAAAAAAGGCUUUCUGUUGUUAGAACAUCAAAUGCAAUGUGUCCGCUCAUAUGGGGUGAUAUUCCAAUCAUUGGUCUGGAUAUGUGGGAGCAUGCAUACUACCUAGACUACAAGGAUGACAGAGAAAAAUACAUAAACACCUUCAUGGACAAUCUUGUGUCCUGGCAUGCAGCUACGGUGAGGUGAAACCUUGUUCUACAGAAAAAUGAAAAAAAAAGGCGCUAACAGUCUACUUCUGUAUGAAAUGUGUUGCUAUGUAUCUCACCGGUAUCCCAAGGUGAGACUUUGGUAUCAUACUAGGUCAGGAAGAAGAUGUUCGGGCCAUUUGUUGAUCUAUCGAGUACUCUCAUGAAGAGACGUUAAGCUUCUGGUAGAAUAUAAACUGAAGGUUGUAAAAUAUGGAGAAAGUGCACCAGCUCCCAUGCUACCUAGACUCCAGAAAGGCACUGAUUCCUGUAUGUUUCCUCAGGUUUCAGUGUUUAGUUUCCUCUCGGAUGCUCUUCCCUCGUUGCCUGCUGAACUUGGGCAUUUUGUAUAUGUGCUGAAUAUCUUUCGAGAAUUCCAACUUUUUAGAAUGCUUCUUGUGAAACUUAUGUGGCAGAAUUUUUUUGAUAAUUUGUUGCCCAAGCUCUUGAAUAUUGAUCGGGCCAUCGAUCGGGGUUAAUUUUAUGUGAACCAUAUAUUACAGCGUUGGCUCCAGUGGAGUGCUUGCAUCA